CCAACUCCAACCCCAAUUAUACUUUACCAAAAAAUGUCUCUAAAAACAAAAAGUGCUCCAUUUUUCCUUCUUAUGAUAUUAACCUUUGUUUUUCUUUCUCCAAUAUGUAAUGGUGAUCAAUACUGUAAAUUUGCAAGAAAAAAUGAUGAGUGCACCAAAGUGAAAGGGAUGUUUGUGUUUGGAAGCUCAUUAGUUGAUAAUGGAAACAACAAUUUUCUUGUAAAGUCAUUGGCUAAGGCAAAUUACUUACCAUAUGGAGUAGAUUUCCCUUUAUUAGAACCUACUGGAAGAUUCACUAAUGGCAAAAAUGUAAUUGACCUUCUUGGUGACCAUCUAAAAAUUCCAACUUAUAUUCCAUCUUUCAAUGAUCCUUCAACUAAAGGAAGCAAAAUUAUUCAUGGUGUCAACUUUGCUUCUGGUGGUUCUGGCAUUCUUGAUGACACUGGUGCUGUUGCUGGGGAAGUGAUUAGUUUGAAUCAACAAAUCAGAAAUUUUGAGAAUGUGACAUUGCCAGAGUUGGAGGAGCAGGCAGAGUGUAAUAGCAAAGAAUCAUUGAAGAAUUACUUGUUUGUUGUGGGAAGUGGAGGAAAUGACUACUCACUUAACUACUUCCUGGGCUUAGCUAGCAAAAAUAUUACUAUUCAAGACUUCACUGCUAAUUUGACCAUUACACUUUCUCAUCAACUCAAGAGGUUGUAUGAUAUGGGAGCUAGAAAAUUUGUGGUGAUGGCAUUAUAUCCCAAUGGGUGCAGCCCAAUGGCCAGAGCUAGAAAUCCAAAUGCCACUGACUGUAUACAAAUUUUGAAUGAUGCUGCACAACUCUUCAACACUAACUUGAGGACUUUGGUUGAUUCCCCAACUCUUCAAAUGCCUGAUUCCACAAUAGUCAUUGUUAAUGCUUACAAAAUCAUUAUGGAUAUCUUACAAAAUCCUACUCCUUAUGGUUUUAGUGAUACCAAGAAUCCAUGUUGUGAUGUGGCAACAAUACAAAAAGGUGGAACAGGAACUUUAUGCAAAAAAGGAGGAAAUGCUUGUUCAGAUAGAAAUGACAAUGUCUAUUUUGAUGGGUUGCAUCCAACUGAAGCAGUGAACAUUGUGCUUGCUAACAAGGCUUUUUCUUCCAAUCUCAUAGAUGAAGUCUACCCUACAAAUGUUCAUCUCUUAUCAAUUGUUUAACACACUAAUUUCUGAGCAACAAUGUUGCACGUGUAUUUCGAGUUAUGAAGUACAUACGAUUUGAUAAAAAAGUAUCAUUAUUAUUUGAACAAAUAUAUGAGUAAACAAUUAUACAUGAGAAAAUAAACUAUAAGUUUCAUAUGAA